AUGGUUGUUCUGCUGCAUCUGCUCACCCUUUACUCCCUGAGCGUGUUGAGCGGCGCGUCCGCCGCCACUCACUAUAAUUGCAACGGUCCUCUGGUGUCCACGUUGCCGCAGUCGUCCUUUCAGGGCUCCUCUCAGUCGUCGGUCGCUUACGCCGCUCACAACGCCAAGCUCAACCGGAGAGACGGAGCAGGAGGCUGGUCCCCCGUCGUGACCGAACAAGAGCCCUGGCUCCAGGUGGACCUCAAGGAGCAGAUGGAGGUGACGGCCGUGGCCACGCAGGGACGCUUCGACAGCUGGGACUGGGUGGGCGGGUACCUCCUCCUGUACAGCGACACGGGCCGGGCCUGGAAACAGUACAGGCACGAGGACGGCGUGGGGAGGUUGGUGGGCAACGUGAACUCGGAGGCCGUGGUCCAGAACAAGCUGUCCCACCCGGUGAGGACGCGCUUCCUGCGCUUCGUCCCCCUGGACUGGAACCCCAGCGGCUGGAUGGGCCUUCGGGUGGAGGCGUACGGCUGCUCCUACAAGUCCUACGUGGCCGACUUUGACGGCAGGAGCUCGUUGCUGUACCGGUUCAACCAGAAGUCCAUGUCCACGGUGAAGGACGUGGUCUCUCUGCGCUUCAAGAGCCACCAGGCCGAGGGGGUCCUGCUGCACGGGGAGGGCCAGAGGGGGGAUUACAUCACCCUGGAGCUUCACCGGGGGGCCCUGGACCUCUACCUCAACUUAGACGACAGCCGGCCGAGGUUCAGCAGCGGCCGCGUGGCCGUCACCGUGGGCAGCCUGCUGGACGACCAGCAGUGGCACUCGGUGCACAUCGAGCGCUUCAACAAGCAGGUCAACCUCACGGUGGACUCCCACACACAGCACUUCCACACCAAAGGGGAGGGGCACUCUCUGGAGGUGGACUACGAGCUGAGCUUCGGAGGCAUCCCGCUGCCCGGUAAACCCGGCACCUUCCUGAGGAAGAACUUCCACGGCUGCGUGGAGAACCUCUACUACAACGGGAUCAACGUCAUCGACCUGGCCAAGAGACGCAAGCCACAGAUACACAGCGUGGGCAACGUGACCUUCUCGUGUUCGCCGCCCCAGCUGGUGGCCUGCACCUUCCUGAGCUCCAGCAGCAGCUUCCUGUCGCUCCCGGCGCCGGCGCCGGCGGCGGGGGGGUCUGCCGCGGGGGGGUUCUCCGUCCGCUUCCAGUUCAGGACGUGGAACCCGGACGCGCUGCUGCUCUCCGUGCAGCUGAACCCGGAGCCCCGCCGGCUGGAGCUGCAGGUCAACGGCAGCCGGCUGCAGCUGACCCUCCACGGCUCGGAGAGGACCAGAUCGGAAGUCUCAGCCGGUCAGCGAGUCAACGACGGUCUGUGGCACUCGGUGGGUCUCAACACGAGGAACCAGCAGGUCUCCCUGACCGUGGACGGAGAACCGGCCUCCACCAUCGAGCUGUGGGAGCAGCUGGAGUCCAGAGGCAGCUUCAACUUCGGAGGUUGUCCUCCGGCCGACUGUCAGAACCCGACUCCGGACCUCCAGGGAUGCGUGCGGCUCGUCUUCCUCAACAGCCAGCCCGUGGAUCUCAACCGCGUCCAGCAGGGGCUGCUGGGAAAUUAUAACGAGCUUCAGUUCGACACGUGCAACAUAAGAGACAGGUGCCUCCCCAACCUGUGUGAGCACGGCGGCCGCUGCUCUCAGACGUGGAGCUCGUUCUCCUGCGACUGCUCGGGAACCGGAUACUCCGGAGCCACUUGUCACAACUCCAUCUACGAGUCGUCCUGCGAGGCCUACAAGCUGAUUGGCAGCUCCUCCGGCUUCUACUCCAUCGACCCGGAUGGCAGCGGUCCCCUGGGGCCCGCCCAGGUGUACUGCAACAUGACAGAGGAGAAGGUGUGGACGGUGCUGGCCCACGACGUCCCGUCCCCGGUGGCGGUCCGUGGCUCCUCCCUCCACAGCCCUCACGUCACGAGGUUGAACUACAGCGCGUCGGCGGAGCAGCUGCGCUCCGUGGUGACGGGCGCCGAGCAGUGCCAACAGGAAGUGGUUUACAACUGCAAGAAGUCCCGCCUCUUCAACACCAAAGACGGCAGUCCGUUAACCUGGUGGCUGGACUGGGAGGGCGAGAGGCGGAGCUACUGGGGAGGCUUCCUGCCGGGAGUCCAGCAGUGCUCCUGCAGCCUGGAGGAGAACUGCGUGGACAUGAACUACUUCUGCAACUGUGAUGCCGACACUGACGCAUGGGCUAAUGACACGGGGAUCCUCUCCUACAAAGACCACCUGCCGGUGAGCCAGAUCGCGGUCGGGGACACCAACAGGACGGGCUCGCGGGCCGUCUACCACAUCGGCCCGCUGCGUUGUUAUGGAGACAAGUCUCUGUGGAACGCGGCGUCCUUCUACCAGGAGUCCUCCUACCUCUACUUCCCCACCCUGCAGGCCGAGCUCGCCUCGGACAUCUCCUUCUACUUCAAGACGAGCGCUCCGUCGGGAGUGUUCCUGGAGAACCAGGGCCUCAAGGACUUCAUCAGGGUGGAGCUCAGCUCUCCCUCGGUGGUGACUUUCUCCUUUGAUGUGGGAAACGGUCCAGCGGUCCUGACCGUGAAGUCCCACCUCCCUCUGAAUGACAGGCAGUGGCACUACGUGAGGGCGGAGCGCAACGUGAAGGAGGCCUCGCUGCAGGUCGACCAGCUCCCGCUGCGCCUCCUGGAGGCUCCGGCUGACGGACACCUCCGCCUGCGGCUCAGCAGCCAGCUGUUUGUGGGAGGAACGGCGUCCCAGCAGAGAGGCUUCCUGGGCUGCAUCCGGACUCUGACCGUCAACGGCGUGCACUUUGACCUGGAGGAGAGGGCCAAGAUGACGCCGGGCGUGACCUCCGGUUGCCCCGGCUACUGCAGCGGCUCCACCAGCCUCUGCCACAACCGGGGGCGGUGCGUGGAGAAGAGCAACGGCUACGUGUGCGACUGCUCCCAGUCGGCCUACGGGGGCACCACCUGUAACCAAGAGGUGUCGGUGUCCUUCGACACGGAGUCCUCGGUGACCUACACCUUCCAGGAGCCCUUCUCGGUGAUGCAGAACAGACGCUCGCAGGCCUCCAGCGUGUCGGCGGAGAGGAGCAGCAGCAGCCGGGCCAGAGAGGACGUGGCCUUCAGCUUCGUCACCUCCCAGAGGCCGGCCAUGCUGCUCGCUGUCAGCACCUUCAGCCAGCAGUACAUCGCCGUCAUCCUGGCCAAGAACGGCAGUCUGCAGAUCUGGUACCACCUCCAGACCGACAGGAGCCCCGACGUCUUCAGCCCCGUCGCGGCCAACAUGGCGGACGGACGGCUGCACCGGAUCAGGAUCCACCGGGUGGGGAAGAACCUCUACGUGCAGAUCGACCAGGACGUCCACAGGAAGUACAGCCUGUCGUCUGAGGCGGAGCUGAUCUCCAUCAGGUCCCUGACGUUGGGCAAAGUCACCGGUAACGAGCGCCUGGACGAGGAGGCCACGCUGGCGGCCUCCCGGGGCUUCGUGGGCUGCCUCUCCUCGGUGCAGUUCAACCACGUCGCCCCGCUGAAGGCGGCGCUCACCAACCGCGGGAGCUCGUUGGUCACCGUGAGGGGGCCGCUGGUGCAGUCCAACUGCGGAGCGCUGGCGGAGUCCACCUCGCACACGCUGCAGGAUCAAACGGUAACAGCCAAUAAAGACAAGGAGCAGCACGGCGGCAGCACCCAGAAGGAUCUGGUCGUGAUCGCAGGUGUGGUCACGGCGGUGGUCUUCAUCGCCGUGUGCGCCCUGGCUGUGAUAAGCCGCCUCCUCUACCAGCAGCGGCGGGCCCAGAGGAGCGCCGGCAUCAAAGAGGAGAACCGGCUCGGCAUGUACACGGACUACAGGACAGAGCUGCACCUGCACAACUCGGUCAGGGAGAACAUGAAGGAGUUCUACAUCUGACUGCGUGGACAGGAAAGCCACGG